UAAACUAGCAAUGUGGGAGGGACUCCAGGAGAGGGGGAGAGAGAGAUGGCUAUCAACUGAAUUCAUUACUGUAAACAUCUCCCUGGGGUGUCAGGCAGGGAGGGGGGAAGAGAGAGAGAGAAAAAAGCACGACUUACAUUAGCAGGGAAUAGUCAGAUCUGGGGCAUCAUAACGGCUAAGAUCAGACUGCAAGCCCAGCUGAAAGCAAGCCCAGGACUAGGAGAGAAAGGGAGACCGACAGACACGCGACUGUUCACACAUAUGUGUCCGGUCCCUCCUGAGACUUCACGGGGUCCUGGGUCUGUGUGGCUCCUCCUCAUGUGAUCCACUCAUCGUCUCCAGCGGAGAAAACGACCAGGCUUGAUCGGGUUCCUUCGGCUUCUCCUUCCCUCCCUUCCUUCCUUUAUUUAUUUGGGGGCAGCGGGAGGGCAGGAAGAGAAGCGCGGAGAGAAAGUGUGCUGGGGAUGCCAGCGCCCUGGGCUGCGCGUUGGAGGAGGAGGUGGAGGAGAAAGGGGGAGGAUGAUGCCGCUGCCUCCUAAGGGAGGAAGGAGAGAGAAGGGGAACGGAGCGCUCCGGAGAGGAGGCUCAGGCAAGCGCCAGCCUGCGGGGAAGCGGAGCCUGCAGGGCGGGCUCGGGCUCCGGCAGCUUUUCGCCCGCACCACAUUGGAUACUGCCAAAGGCGACCAGCACGGCCACCACCAAGGAGAAGCGCCGUCAGCUGCAGCAAAAGUUUUGGUGUGGGGGGCAAAAGGCGCAGAGGGGGAUUAUGAUCGGUGCCGGAGAAGGAUUCCCAGCCCUGCCAGGUACAGAUGGGAUUUCAUUUCUCCCCUUUUCCUCCCUGCUAAUUCCAGUUCCCCAGCAGUUUGCAGCUACCCUCCUACUUCAAUAGAAGGAGGCUUCUCAGAUCCAUCAUCAAGCUGAAAUGAAGACCUUGGAGGCUGAAGAAAGCUGAGUGCACCACUACGUUGCUUCGGAGAAAGGAACUACUGGUCCAGCCAACCUUUCUCCUGACAACUUUUGGUAGCUUUAAAUUGCCGGUUGCUUACCUUGAAAGACACAGUUAUUGCUUUUUUCAGCACACAUGGAGGAAGGCAGAAAAGUGUGUAACCCUGGCUAAUCAAACUUUGGCUUUCCUAUGAAGAGCAGAAGGCCAAUCAUAAAAGAAUUAUUUCACAGUUAGCCUCCUGGACUUUACUUCUGACCUGAUCACUGGACACAAAUACAAGCCGAUUCCAACAAUCUGAGUUUUCACUACCUGUUCUUUAUCAUUGUUUUAAUUUCUCUUUCUUUGGUAUUCUGUUUCUUUAAGUUCAAAAUGGGCCUGUGGACGAGAAUGUGGCCCAAAGAUUGGGCUGCUUUCCUGAAAUCCUGGCUCAUAAUUUCCCUGGGGCUCUGCAUGCAGGUCUCCAAAGCUCUGGCCUGUCCAAAUGUGUGCCGCUGUGACCGAAACUUUGUCUACUGUAAUGAGCGAAGCUUGACCUCAGUGCCUCUUGGGAUACCGGAGGGUGUAACCGUACUCUACCUCCACAAUAACCAAAUUAAUAAUGCUGGAUUCCCUGCAGAGCUGCACAACGUCCAGUCUGUGCACACGGUCUACCUAUAUGGCAACCAAUUGGAUGAGUUUCCCAUGAACCUGCCCAAGAAUGUCAGGGUUCUUCACCUGCAGGAAAACAACAUUCAAACCAUUUCGCGGGCUGCCCUGGCCCAGCUCCUGAAGCUGGAAGAGCUGCACCUAGAUGACAACUCCAUCUCUACUGUAGGGGUUGAGGAUGGAGCAUUUCGGGAAGCUGUCAGCCUCAAGCUUCUGUUCUUAUCUAAGAAUCACCUGAGCAGUGUACCAGUUGGCCUUCCAGUGGACUUACAAGAAUUACGAGUUGAUGAAAACCGAAUUGCCAUAAUUUCAGACAUGGCCUUCCAGAAUCUCACGAGCUUGGAACGUCUUAUUGUGGAUGGCAAUCUCCUUACCAAUAAAGGUAUAGCUGAGGGCACCUUCAGCCAUCUGACCAAGCUCAAGGAAUUCUCAAUAGUACGGAAUUCACUAUUCUACCCUCCCCCUGAUCUUCCAGGUACACAUCUGCUGAGGCUUUACCUGCAGGACAACCAGAUAACCCACAUACCACAUUCAGCCUUUUCAAACCUCCACAAGCUGGAGCGGCUUGAUAUUUCCAACAAUCAGCUCCGGAUGCUGGUGAAAGGGGUCUUUGAUAACCUCCACAACCUGAAGCAGCUCACUGCGCGGAAUAAUCCCUGGUUAUGUGACUGCAGUAUUAAAUGGGUCACUGAAUGGCUCAAAUUUAUUCCUUCAUCCAUCAAUGUCCGGGGUUUUAUGUGCCAGGGACCAGAACAGGUCCGAGGUAUGGCUGUCAGGGAGCUCAAUAUGAAUAUGUUGUCAUGCCCCACCACCACUCCUGGUCUGCCACUUAUCACCCCAGCCCCUGCUACCACCUUGCCAACCACACUGGUUCCCACUUCAUCAGUUCCAACUCCAAGUGAUAAAUACAGUCCUCUCCCACCCAUCACAUCCACACUCCCCACUGUGCCUGACAGGGAGGGCGGAGAAAUGGUGACACCUCCCAUUUCCGAAAGGAUCCAACUCUCCAUCCAUUUUGUGAAUGACACUUGCAUCCAAGUCAACUGGCUGUCCCUUUUUACCGUGAUGGCAUACAAACUCACAUGGGUUAAAAUGGGCCACAGCCUGGUAGGGGGCAUUGUCCAGGAACGGAUAGUAAGUGGUGAGAAACAACACUUAAGCUUGGUGAAUCUUGAACCCAAAUCCACUUAUCGGAUUUGUUUGGUUCCACUGGAUGCUUUUAAUAAUUACCGAGCUGGAGAAGACACUGUCUGUUCAGAAGCCACAACCAAGGCUUCCCACUUAAACAAUGGCAGCAACACAGCCUCCAGCCAUGAGCAGACGACUUCUCAGAAUAUGGGCUCCCCCUUUUUGCUGGCAGGCUUGAUUGGGGGUGCAGUGAUAUUUGUUCUUGUGGUCCUGCUCAGCAUCUUUUGCUGGCACAUGCAUAAAAAGGGGCGCUACACCUCCCAGAAGUGGAAAUACAACCGGGGCCGGCGGAAAGAUGACUAUUGUGAGGCGGGGACCAAGAAGGACAACUCCAUCCUGGAGAUGACGGAAACCAGCUUCCAGAUUGUCUCCUUAAAUAACGAUCAGCUCCUUAAAGGAGAUUUCAGACUGCAGCCCAUUUAUACCCCAAACGGGGGAAUUAACUACACAGACUGCCACAUCCCCAACAACAUGCGAUACUGCAACAGCAGUGUCUCAGAUCUGGAACACUGUCAUACGUGAUAGUGAGGGGAAAGCGAGAUGCAUAGAACUACGAGCAAAAACUCUGGAAAAAAAUACACACACAAAAAAAUUACAUUUGAUAAAUGUUACACAGAUGCAUUUGUGCAUUUGAAUACUCUGUAAUUUAUACGGUGUACUAUAUAAUGGGAUUUAAAAAAAAAGUGCUAUCUUUUCUAUUUCAAGUUAAUUGCAAAUGGUUUUGUAACUCUUUGCUUUUUAAAUCUUUAAAAAAAAUAUUGCUGAAGUACUGUACAGGGUUGUACAAUAAGAACCCAAUGCCAUGGCAAAGGAUAGAGAGACUCAUUCUUCAAACAUUAACCACUUUGCUGUCGAAGCUGUCUGAAGGAUGUAGGUCCCUAGGUAGUCCUGUAGUAUGGGACAUAAGUGUUCAUUAAAACAGGGUCACUAGGGAUGGGCAAAGCCAGUUCUGAUAAAAUGAGUACAAUCCUCUCACCCAAACUCAUAAUGAACUUCUACUGAGGUUCAAACAAGUUGGAGUAACUCUGUUCCCCAUUUGUCACUCUCACCUGUCUCUGUAUUUCCUGGUUCCACCUAGAAGUGGGAGUUCUGAAGUGCUACCAGAGAGGCUGUUUCAGUGGUGUUUUUUUUUUUCCUGAUAUGGAUGGAAACAAAAAAGCAUCAGACACUUUCUGCAAGAUUCAGAGUUCUCUGUAUUCUAUUCAUAAGAGCUAGUCAGAAAAUGGUCCCAAAAUAUCAGAUACAUUUUCAUGAGAAUUUUUUCCCCAUUUUUCAUUAACGUUAAGAAGUUUUACACAUUUUCUAACCAACUUCAAUGGGAAAUGAGGGUGCUCAUCAGCUAUCAGGUGGCUCUCAUCAGAUCACAUGACCUUCUAAGAGAGCAACUUUGGCAGAACUAGCAUGUUCAGUUAAGGCCUGAACCUGUGAGAUGCUGAGUGCCGUCAACUCCUAUUGACAUCAAAUGUCCAAAUCCUAUAGGAAUUGCUAUGCCUUAAUGGCAAUAUACCUAUCCAAAUCACUGAAAGCCUCAUCCAAAAAUCCAAUGAGAUCCAUGGAAAGACUUCCACUGGCUUCUGUGGAUUUUGGAUUAGGCCCUGAUUGGUUUAAUGGCCUGAAUAAAGUUCAGUACAGAGAACUAGGAAGAAGCUACCUGGCAAGUGAGAGAGCUUUUGUUUGUUUGUUUUGUUUUUUGAAAGGCUCUCAGACCUGCUAUGAACUGAAUUAACUUCAGUGAAAUAAUCACAUCAAAUUCCUAUUGUUUUAGGUGAAUGGCGAUAGGCACUAACUAAACAUUUGGUGAGUUGAGGGAUUUGCAUGGAUACUAGUCCAUGCUGCCCCUUUUACUCUCCCUUCUUCAAUCCUUAGUCUUUUGGCCACUUUUUCAACAAUGAUCUGUGCUUUAAAAGUAGUAUCUGGGCCUAGAUUUUGCUGUCUUCUGCCCUCAACUCUUCAGUUGGAAUCAAUUCUGCAUCCCUGGGCUUGACACAGAUUGUAUGGAACAUCAUGCUUCUACUAAAAUCAUGAUGUUGUUCGGAAAGUUACAUAAGGUUCCAGCAACUCCUGACUCCUGUGCUUGCCAAAAGCUCUGGUUCUCUUGCCAGCUCAGUGAUGGAUUUUUAUUCUUUUUUUUUUUUACACUUUGGCGCACUCUGUCUCCUGAGCCUAGGGAACACACACAAGUUCACAACAAAGAGGAAGAAGACCACACAAAUAUCAGUAAGCCCCUCAUACAAAAAGCUCACAGGGCUUGUUUUCUAACAUUUUUUCCAAGGGAGAAGGGAAUGCAUGCAUGCAUGCAUGCUUGCUACAGAGAUCAUAGAAAGGUCCAGCAAAAGUUGGUAUUCCAGUUAAAGUGACCCAUUAAUUAAAGAUUUAACAAAAUCACUCUGAAAAACUUGGGGUUAUAUGAUCAUUGAUUGCUUUGUAUGUUGGGAGAGAGAGCUGUGGUCCUUUCCUCUGUGAAUUUCACCAGGCCCAUCCCUGAACCCCAGCAGUCUUUGAGCGUGCAACUUCUAAAAUGGCAUGAAAACAUUUCGCUUCUGCACUGAAGAGAUUAAUCUGAUCUUUAGUUGUAGAUGGCAAAGUACAAUCAUUAUCUGAGGAACUACACCCUCCCCACUGACACCUUUUAUAAUCCCAUUUGGGAAUUCCAUUCUAUAUUCUGUAUAUUUGCUAUUUUCUCCGGCUAUAACCGGUAUUUUAGGCAACCUGUGUGGCUACUGUAAUAGUAAAGUCACUGAAAUUUUGCUGAAUAAAAGGCUGCCAUAUGAUCUCAAAUUGUGUAAUUUUAGGUAGAAAAGUCUAUGCAAAGUGUUUUUUCCUAGUAUGUGACCUAUUUACUCAAGAUAACUGAGAGAAGGCUGUAUUUUUUUGUUUGUUAGUUUAAUAUGUUUUAGCUGCCCCACACGACGAGCAGCAAGACAUGUGCAUGUGCACACACCUGUGGCAUGCGGUAUACAUGAAAGUUUAUUUUAGAUUAAGUAGAGUUAGUGAAUUCAUUCUGGGCAUGGAUGUAGUAUUUAAUUUCACUGAAAUAGCUAAUUAUAUGUUUGGUUUGAAAAAGCCACCUCACAUAUUUAAUAAUGGUUCCCAAUCAUUGGUAUGUAUACCAGUACUGGUACUUCAUGCUUCGAUGUCUGAUACCGUAAGUACUUUUCUCUUCUGUAAUUCUAAUCAGCUGAACUAGGUCUUAGUAUAUCAUAGUUACUAGAGCUAGGUGAAUUAUUAAUACCAAAUUGCCUCUUCAGUGAGUUUAGCCCUUUAUUUCCAAUUGUGAAUUAUCUAUGCACAGAUUGAUUGAUAUGAUUGUGCUUGCUAUUCAAAAUUGUUUGAUGAAUACUCCUGUGAAUGUGAUCCAGACGAGGGGUUGUUCACAAACUGUUCAGUUUGACUAUAUCUUGGACUAUUCAUGGUGCGUGACUGGGCCAGCUAAGUCACAUGUCAUUAAUUCUGCUCCCUGACUGAUGAUGGGAACUUUUAUAAACAGCAGGAGGGAAAUCCAAGAAAUUUCAAAGAUGACAGAGUUUGGGCUUCGGGUAGUGAACCCUUGUGCAAAUAUAUUGGCAUGGAGUGUUCAUAGGACUCAUUUUACAUGAACGUUAUGUUGAAAAAAAAAACCACUUAUACCAGAUUUCCCUGAAAAACAAAUUGAAAGAACUGGGAGUACUAGCUCAACAAAUUCACUGUUUUAUUCAAACAAAAGUUUAGAUAUAUGUUUUGGAACACACAACAAAGUUUGGAUUAUUUCAAAUUAGGUUCCACAGUCAUACAAACGGCUCACACUCCAUUUUAGCACAUAGUUGACUACGCUUCAUUUGGUGGAGGUUUUCAAAAGAGGCUGGAUAGCCGUCUGUCUUGGAUGGUUUAGACACCACAAAUUCUGCAUCUUGGCAGAGGUUAGACUAGAUGACCCUUGCGGUCCCUUUGAUUCUAUGAUUCUAAGAAGGUGAUAGGCACUAGCUGAAGUCUGAGUCUGGUAAAAUGUCUGAAAAGACUGGGAACCGCUCAGCUAAAAAUAAAUGUUGACAAAUAUUUUUUUUGUGAUUGGACAUUUAAUAUUAAAUUAAUAUCACAAGCUUUCAUCUUGUACAGAGUAUAUUCCAAACAGGCUUCAUAAAUGCUGCAGAUUAUGGGAUCUGCCUCAAUUAGUGUAAGAUCUGCAUACUUACAUUAGCUAGCAUACACCAUGGAGAAAAGUUUCAAAUGUGUGCACACAAAACCCAAGCAGAACCUCUGAAAUGUGCAUUUGCUAAUCCUGAUUUCCAUAGAUCUGGGUGUACACAUUCAUUAGGGUCUACGUGCUCAGGAGUUGGACUUGUGCACAAAUGAAAGUCUGAUCCAUUUUUUACAAUAGACCCAUUCACCUCAUGUGAAUAUAUAGAACAGAUCACUGUGGGGAAUAAAAAGGGUUGGAAUGAAAUGAUGUAAAUUAAAUAUCAUGAAAACAUCAAAAGAACUGUGAUUUGUACUCACUGCAUUGGUUUUCCAAAGACUUUUUCUUUACAAACUAGUCCCAAUUUUCAUAUACUCUGUCAAUGUGACAAACAUUCAUAUCAUGUAGUUUAAAAGCAGAAACAAACAGCUGGAGGUCGCACAUCUUUAAACUGUAUGGUUUGCAUUGAGGAGGCCAUCAAUAGACUUCUUUGUAAGAAUAUUUAUGUUCUGUAUUCCCCACUUCCCCUGGCUGAAAAUACAUUAGGAGUUUUCCAUGUGGGACAAUAAAUACAUAAAAUGAACCUGAUAUCAAAUAUGACAAUGAAGUAGCUAAUGCUACAGUUCCAUUUGCUACUGGACCAGCUCACUUUUUAUUUUAUUUUUUCCAAUCAUUUUAUAUCUUUAUCAGAGUGAGAAAAUUCUUCCAUCUGAGGAAAGAAUCCCUCCAAAAUUGCAAGCAAAGAAAUCCAAUUCUUAAUGUAUAAUUGGUGUAGUCUUCAGAGAACUAAGUAAGGCACUUUUUUUAAUGACACUAAAUAGCAGUUUCAGUCUCAGCUUUUGACAGUGAAGUGGUUAAUUUCCAUUGAGUCCUUUGUUUAUAGCAUUUCUUUGCUCUAACUUAUAACAGAGACAUUAAAGUUUUACUUUAGAAUAUGAGAAUAAUGGUUUUACUCAUGACUUAUCUUUCCAGCUGCAUGAAAAAACAAAACAGAAAUUAGUGCCAAAAACAAAAGUAACUAGCUCUAAGCUUCAUCAAAUCCUGUCUGAUACUCUCCUUUUUACACAAAGGAUAAUUCUAGGAAGCUGAAGCUGACAUUCUUCCCUAAGAUCUACAGGAGAGGUCAGUUUGGAUCACAGAAGACACUAGAGGAUGCUUGUAAAAGAUUUAUUUGUGAAGUUUUUGCACAAGCAUGGUACUGUAUUUUCUCUUCAAUAAGACAGUUCUUUCUAGUAGCACACCCAGCAGUCUAGCACAAAGGGGAUGCAGCAAGCAUUGACUAUAUUGGGGACUCUAAACGAAACACAUCCCAUUAGAGUUAAAUUCUGAGCCUCUCGAAUACAGACAAGGCACGGAACAAAUUGUCAUGAAUACUGGGUCCCAGAUAUAGUGGCUCCAAAUAUAUUAAUUGAAAAAUAAUCAUAAAACAUUGUUAUUAAUUGA